AUGGCGGCGGUGGCGGACCGGUCGCAUCUGAGUGCGAUGGACGCCAACACCGUGGACGCCAAUGCGGCGACUGAGGCCCCGUGCAAGCAGCCCGCCAGCCACCCCAGCACGAAGGCGCCCGAGGCGUUCGUGUUCGCUUGCCCUGGCUGCGGGGCGACGCUGCAGGCCGCGCUGCAGGCGGAGAUCACGUCCGUGCAGUGCGACUCGUGCCGCGACGUGUUCGAUGUGCAGAUGCCGCCGCGCGAUGCGCCGCCGAUCGCGCCGCCUCCUCGGGCGCCGCCGCCGGCUGCCACCGGAGGCGGACCCGCAGUCGGCCAGCAGCGCAACCGGCCCGAGCAGCUCGACUCCACCGCCACGGAGCUCGAGGACCAGCUCACGACGGGCAUGCGGCAGCUCGCUGACACGCAAGAGAUGGCGCCGGCGGACGCCGUGUUCGGCGGCAGUUCGCGACGGGGCGAGACGCCCCGCUCGACGACCUCCGCCUCCGAGGCGGACGAGGGCGACGGCGCCGGCGGCGAUGGCGGGACCGGCUUCGACCUGUUCGGGCCGGACCCCACCCCCAUGGAGGACCUUUGA